AGUGCUCCCUCCGUGAAUUGGGAUGACAUUGCUGGACAAGAUGCCGCUAAGCAGGCCCUGCAGGAGAUCGUCAUUCUGCCAUCCUUACGGCCUGAGCUAUUUACCGGCCUGAGGGCUCCUGCUCGUGGGCUGCUGCUCUUUGGACCACCGGGAAACGGCAAGACCAUGCUGGCUAAGGCUGUGGCCAGCGAAUCUAACGCAACCUUCUUCAACAUCAGUGCUUCCACACUAACAUCUAAAUGGGUUGGAGAGGGAGAGAAACUGGUGAAAGCUCUGUUUUCUGUAGCAAGAGAACUGCAGCCUUCCAUCAUCUUUAUGGAUGAGAUUGACUCCCUACUGUGUGAGAGAAGAGAAGGGGAGCAUGAUGCCAGCAGGAGGCUCAAAACAGAAUUUCUCCUGGAGUUUGAUGGGGUGCACAGUGGAAACGAUGAUCGUAUCCUGGUGAUGGGAGCCACGAACCGGCCCCAGGAACUGGAUGAUGCCGUCCUCAGGAGGUUUGCUAAGAGGGUCUACGUACAGCUGCCUGAAUUAGAGGUGUGAACACCUUUAC